AAGCGUCCGCUCCCCUCCACUGAACUCCAACCCCCGCGCGCUCUAUCAGCAUCUCAUUCCUGUCUCAAUAUGUCUCAAGAUGGCGGCCAAUGCAGGAUCGAUGUUUCAAUAUUGGAAGCGCUUUGACUUACAACAACUACAGAAAGAACUCGAUGCCACCGCCACACAGCUCGCCAACAGACAGGACGAGAGUGAACAGUCCAGGAAGAAGCUCAUCGACCUCAGCCGCGAGUUCAAGAAGAACACACCAGAGGACUUUCGGAAACAAGUCGCCCCUUUGCUCAAGAACUUCCAAGGAGAGAUUGACGCCCUGAGCAAGAGGAGUAAAGAAGCAGAGGCCGCCUUCUUAAACGUGUACAAGAAAAUAAUCGAUGUCCCAGAUCCCGUACCUGUGCUGGAGCUGGCUCAGCAGCUGCAGCUGAAGCUCCAGAGAAUGCACGACAUUGAGACGGAGAACUCCAAACUUCGAGAGACACUGGAGGACUACAACAAAGAGUUUGCAGAAGUCAAAAAUCAAGAGGUGACCAUCAAAGCCUUGAAGGAAAAGAUACGGGAAUAUGAGCAGACGCUGAAGAACCAAGCUGAGAACCUGGCACAAGAAACGCAACUCCAGUUACACAACGACUAUGCAGAGAAAGAGAGGAAACUCCAGGAAAGCCAAGACUCCAUGUCGUCACGGUUGGAGGAAGCCGAGCACAAGGCGCAGUCCCUCCAGACAGCACUUGAAACAACUCAGGCCGAGCUCUUUGAUCUGAAGACGAAAUACGAUGAGGAAUCCUCAGCAAAGGCUGACGAGAUUGAGAUGGUGAUGACAGACCUUGAGCGAGCCAAUCAGCGAGCUGAGGUGGCGCAAAGAGAGGCUGAGUCACUGCGGGAGCAGCUGUCCUUGAGUAACCAAUCCCAGCAGGCCGGCAGCCCGACCGACAAGGCCGACCCCGACACGGAGCAGCCUGCGGAGGUGGCAUCAUCGCACUCGAGUCUGGAAGUGGAGCUCAGGGCCAAAGAAAGAGAGAGCGCACAACUGGUGGAGGACGUCCAGAGACUGCAGGCCAGCCUGACCAAACUCCGAGAGACCACCAGCACCCAGAUAACACAGCUGGAGCAGCAGCUCAGCAGCAAAACUGCCGUUCUCAAGGAACUCGAGGAGAAACUUGAGAAGCAAGCAGACUACGAGGAGGUGAAGAAGGAGUUGGGUAUUCUCAAGUCUGUGGAGUUUGGAACAUCAGAGUCCAUGCAGGAUUCAUCCAAACCUCUGGAGGUACUGUUGCUGGAGAGGAACCGUAGUCUUCAGUCGGAGAGCGCCGCACUGCGCAUAGCCAACGCCGAGCUCAGUGGGCCAGCCGGGCGGAAAGGGACAGAAGAGACGACACCCAAGGAGGAAACCAGCGACCCCUCUUCUUCGCCCCCUCCCUCUCUUCCUUCCUCCUCGCAGCCUUCCCUGUCUCGCACUCACACGGAUGCCCUCAACACUGCCACCACCACCACCAGCAGCAGCAGCGGGGAAACGCAUCCUUUCACUCCCACGGGCAUUGGACAGGACUUCUACUCACCGGUUUUCCCGCUUGUUGGUGGGAAGAUGGCUUUGAACUCUUUGAUCCAGAGGCAGCUGCUGCAGACCUUCUACUCCAAAGCCUUGCAGGAGUCGUCUGGGAUACCCAGUGGGGCCCUGCUGUUCACUCCUUUCACCCCGACUCUCAGCUCCAUCCCUACCUCCACGCCCGGAUGCGGGUCCGCCGCCAUCCCUCUAGCGGCCAGCAGCCCUCAGCCGCCCCCGGCCAGCCCGGAUAUGGCUCCCGUUAAUGGCAGCAGCACGGCUGGCAGCGCGCCCUCUCCGUCCCCGAGCCACUCCGACGCCAACACUGGAAGUGUUUUGGACGGCGAGGACAUGGACACGGCGGAGAUCGCCCGGCAGGUGAAAGAGCAGCUGAUCAAACACAACAUCGGUCAGCGCGUGUUCGGCCACUACGUGCUAGGACUCUCCCAGGGCUCGGUCAGCGAAAUCCUUGCCCGACCGAAACCCUGGAACAAGCUCACCAUCCGCGGCAAGGAGCCCUUCCACAAGAUGAGGCAGUUCCUGGCCGACGAGCAGAACAUUCUGGCGCUGCGAAGCAUCCAGGGACGACAACGAGAGGGCUCAGGCCAGCCCCAGCUUAGCCGAGUGUUUCAGGAUGUUCCGAAGCGGAGAGCCCUCUCCAAUACAGCUUCACACACAGGAAACAUCACCGCUCGCGUCCGCUCUCAAGAAGCAGGUUCCGAUGAGGCCAUCAAGUCCAUUUUGGAGCAGGCCAAAAGAGAGUUGCAGGUGCAGAAAGCCGAUUUGUCUCACGUGCAACCCUCGUACACGGGCUUGAAAGGAGGGGGUGGAAGCAGGCUAGGUGGCGGAGGGGGCAGCGGGUCAGACGAGGCCAUCCACUCCAUCUUGGAGCAAGCUCGCAGGGAGAUGGAGGCCCAGCAGGCUGCGCUGGAGCCCAUCCUCAAAGCCUCAUCAUCCUCUUCCUCAUCCUCCCUCGCAUCGCUUUCUCAGAGGGACCUCAUGAGCUCGGCGCUAACUGCUCCCCUCCCCCCUUACAACCCCCUGGCUCUAUCACUCAAGAAGCCUCCCAGCUCCCUCUUGUCGUCCCCUUCCUCCCCGUCCCCCGUGCUGGACUUCAGCUCUGGCAUCAAGAGGGAAGGCAGGCCUUCUUCAGGGAUCGACGUGUCAUCAGACGGCUCUCUCAGACUGGGCCGAAGCUCCGAGGGGUCGCUACGCUCCGGGAGCGCGGCAGGAGGGGUGGGUUACUGGAGGGAGCAGUGGUGGAGCAGCAUGCACACGGACCCCCGCAGGUCUACGGCAGGAGAUGAGAACCACAACCAGGAAGACUCCAAAGAGGUGGGACUUGUUUAUGGAAUACUGAGUGACAGUCUGUCUCGAAACAAGCCGUGGAACAAGCUGAACCAGAGGAACCGGGAGCCGUACCUGCGCAUGCAGCCGUGGCUCAAUGGAGACCAGGGGCAAAACGCACACGUCCAACCAGCUCAGAACCAAGAAGGUACUCCCAAAACAUCGGCGAGCUGCAGCCCCGCUCCAGAGUCGCCUCUCAGUUCAGCCGAAGAGUCUGUCAACGGACUGGCCGGCGAGCUGAUCACGUCGCAGUCGUCCGGUCUCAAGCCCCCUGCUGACGACACUUCUUGUGGGGACUCCCAGCCCGGCACCCCGCUGCCCAUACCUGGUCACUCGGGUUUGAGCAUUCAGGAGAUGGUGGCAAUGUCUCCCGAGCUCGACACUUACGCUAUUACCAAGAAGGUGAAGGAGGUGCUGACGGACAACAACCUCGGCCAGCGUUUGUUUGGGGAGACUAUCCUGGGUCUGACCCAGGGUUCUGUCUCAGACCUGCUGGCCAGGCCCAAACCCUGGCACAAGCUCAGCCUGAAGGGCAGGGAGCCCUUUGUCCGCAUGCAGCUUUGGCUCCAGGACCCGCAUAGUGUGGAGAAACUCAUGGACAUGAAGCGCCUGGAGAAGAAAGCCUACAUGAAGAGGAGGCUGAGCUCCCUGAGUGAUGGACAUUCUGUGGACGGGGCUAUAGUUGGGCCGGACUAUGUCCAAGGCUCUCAAAGUCCGGGUCUGCAGCAGCAGCUUAAGAAGCCCCGGGUGGUGCUGGGCCCUGAGGAGAAGGAGGCUCUAAAAAGGGCAUACCAACAGAAACCUUACCCUUCGCCCAAGACAAUUGAGGAGCUGGCCUCCCAGCUCAACUUGAAAACCAGUACUGUCAUCAACUGGUUUCACAAUUACAGGUCACGUAUCCGACGAGAACUCUUCAUUGAGGAAAUCCAGGCAGCGGGCGGAGUCGGACCCGGCAGCGAGGGGGGCUCCCCUUCCCUCCGCGGGUCCAAAUCAGGAGAAGGGGACAGCUGCGACGGGACCGAGUCGGAAGACACGGUGGAGGCGCGCCAGGGAUUCGGAGUGGGUCCGGAGGAUCACAGGGGAGCGUGCAAAGAUCACGACAUGGAGGCGGAGUCUGAAGCAGGGGGAUCGAAUAAUUCCCCUUCCCAGCUAGACUGCAUCCCGCCGGGCUCUAGCGGACUGGGGCUCUUCAGCCUGACGGAGGCGUCCCCAAGUAGCUCCGCCUCGAGUACGAACGUCCCAAUCUCUGGCCCGGCCAGGAACCCCAGGGAUAACAAUCUGCGCAAGAAGAAAGCCGCCAACCUCAAUAACAUCAUUCAUCGGCUGGAGAAGGCUGCCAGUAAAGAGGACCCCUCAGAGUGGGAAUUCUAGCACCCUCCCUGACCACCCUUGGCCCCUCUUGUCUCAUAACCUCACCACCUCUAACCUUGGACCCCACCUGCUCUGUUCCAGUUGGAGAGUGGACACAGCCAAAGUCAAGCUCAGCAGCCAUUUUACUACAUAGCUUUCCCAAAAGAGGAAAGCAACAAAGUGUGGUAGGCAAAAUCCUUAAAACAGAAGAUUUACUGAAAACCUAGAAGAACAAAAUGAGAGCUUAAGUGUCUCUCCUAUUGUUUUUUUGUUUUUUUUUAACUGAGUUUUUUUUUAUGUACUGAGAAAAAGCACUUAGCCGUCCUGCUGGCCUCUGGCCCUGCUGUACCUCCUCCCCCUAUCACCAGCCACUGGUGCACCAGACUGGUUAGCCUCGCGCCGGGGUCUGACCCGCGGCCAGGCUCCGAAACCUGGACUGGGUAAAAAGACAGGCGAGGCCUGUCACAGCAGCUGUCCCAGUGAUAGACACUGCUAUACGAUAGAUAAGAGACAGGAACUCUCUGACAAGAACUUUCACUUUCUUAAAGGAGAUCUUUUUCCGCUCUUCUUCUCACCUCCCAAGUGUCCACAAACCUCCCCUCACUCAGUGAGACGCCUCAUUUUUCACACUGUAGAGUGACUGUUACAAACCCUUUGCCUUUUUCACUCACUGCGUGCGUGUGUUCUUUUUUUGUAUGUUUAGGGUUUAUGUCAGUGUGCACCUGUGCGUGUGUGUCGUCUCUUCUGGAUGGCGGCACGUUUUGCUUUUCUAUCUCACUCCUACACUCUUAAGAGAGUGGUGCGCCUGAGCUGCCGUGGUUACUGAUGUACGAACUUUGACCUGUUGUGUACCCCCGUUCUCUUAUCUCAUAUCCUGCUGACAGCCAUGAAAUGGCCAGAAGGAUCACAUAACACACAUACACUCGUCUGGAAAAGAAGGAGAGAAGGAAGCCCUUUAGGUCCUUCUUUUUAAAGAUAAAUGACCGUCUUGUUUUUUGUUUUUUAAUUCAUAUUGCAAUUUGGUUGCCAAUAAGAGAUUGCACAGUCUUUUGACUCUAAAGAUAACAAAAUAGGGACUUUUAGGAAGCAUUUUAAUUAGUACAAAAUAAGCAGACAAUAAGAGAAUAAUAACACGUUACUGUUUUUUUUUGUUUUUUUUUUGUCAAAUUAGGAUGGAAUUAUGUUGCAUUGUUGAAAAUACGAUACGAUGAAUUCACGUAGUACUGUAGUUGGUGAUACUUUUUGUUUAGUUUUUUCAAGUUGUGCACAUCACAGUUUGACCCAGCACUGGAUCUGCUCGGGUGUGAGUGUUUUUGUGUGGGUGUGGGUGCUCGCCACCAGCUAAUUUCCUGUUCACAAACACAUCUUUUAUAGGCCAAAUCAGGAAAUGUGUGUAUGUCCGCGUGCGCGUCCGUCUCAUGUGCGUUUGUGUAUUUGCCUGCAUGAAAGUCAGGGUCGAGGUCAAUUCACUCAGAGUUCAAUUUAAAAAAAAGUUAGCUUCUCAAGCUCCUCAUUGUAAGAUGUUUAUUUUUUCGCAAUGGAUUUUUUUUAGUUUCUGAAGUGAGCUCUGGUUACACUCUCCUCUGGUUUUUCCUGUUUUAUCCAGGGACUUAAUGUUUUCUUUCAUAUUCAAUUCUACUGUAAACACUACAAAUUUGAAGGCAUAUCACCUCCUCCUCGUCCCACACAAGCCCUCAGUGCCUGUCAGCCCACUGCCUCCCCUUUUGUGUGCGCGUGCGUGUGUUUCCAAUGAGUGUCGGGGGGGUUCAUAUUUCGUAUCUACUUGCACACACUACUAGUGCACAACUGACACCCUUCUUUUUAAGCUGUUUGAUGCGUUACCAUUACAUUAAUCUUCUCACCAAGUAGUUUAAUAUGAUGAUUUACUGUAGCUGUUUUAUUGCUUUUUUUUUUUUUUUUUUUUGCAUUUAUAGUUAUGGUUUUUAUUCUGCUUAUUUAUAGGUGCUGUAAUUUUCAUUUAAUGUCUUAUCAUUUGAGUUGUCUAUUUUUUAAGGGAUUAUACUGUUCCUGAGGGCAAGUAACAUUUUUACUAGACGUUAUAGACUGCCGGCAGUAUUGGUUAUUAUUUACAGAGACGUACUAGUUCUCAUUUGUUUGUAUAUUCAUGAAUCCUCAACGUUAAGUGUCAUUUCAAUACCUUCUGAAUAAUGCGUUUGGCACGCUUUGCCGCCCACCCCUCAAGCGUUUAUUAACAGUUUUGCUCUUGGAACGGCUCGCUCGAGAAUCGAAAUGACAUAUCAAGAUUUUUGUCGAUUGGGCAGCGUAUUUCUCUGUUUUUACGUGACGAUACGUCUUCUUUAGAUAGAAUCCAUCCCUUCCUUCAUCGCCAUUAACUUGAUGAUCAGGUCCGGGUGAACGCUCGUUGUCAAAUAGGUCAAAUGAAGUCACCUGAAGAUGAGAAAUACAUGUUGAAAAGAGGUCAUAUCUGCCAAAUUGAGAUUAGAUAAAUUGUACCAGCUAGCAAGAAGAGCCAGCCUACGAUUAUGCAGAAAUGUAAUCUAUAGCAGUCCUUAUUGCAAAGCACUUAUUAGGACAGGGUCUGUAAAACACUACGCCAGAGUUACCAUCCCAGGCUCCUGGGAAACGGAUGCCUUUUUGUGAAAGUGGUUGAGAACCAAGCACAGACUCCCAACACUAAAAUGGAAACAAAACGUCGGCUCUUUUUCUCCAUGAUGAACUGCGUCCUUAAACAUAACUGCGUGUGACAGAACGGGAACACGGCUCAUGUAGAUAUAAUUAGUAAGCACCUGAUUUGGUUUCGAGCCAGAAUCGUCUUCCUCAAACUCCCUAAGCACGCACGCACACCAGAAAGAGAGAUAACAUUGUUGGUACAGUUCUGUUAAACCAAUAAAAACCCUUUAAACUAGACCUGUUGGUCAAGUCACAUCUGCUCUGCAUCAGAAAAGUACAACAUAGUAAUUUAUGCUAUGUAUGUGGUAUUACUUUUGCCAAGUUACGUCAGUUUCCGUCAUCUUGUAACAGAAGUGUACCAACAAUUUUGCUCAUGUGCAUUAAUCCACGGAUGCUAUAUGGACAAAGUAAUGGGAUAUUGUUGAAAAUGAAUCGGCAACUAUGACAUUUCACCACUUACAAUACUGAAACUGAGGAAACAGAUCGACUGUCUUCCUACUUUUCCAAUGGCCUUAAUGUUAUUUCAUCAAUUGACCUAUUGGCUGCCAUUGACAGCAAUAGACAUCCAAUCCAUUUUGGUUGGCAGCGAUUAAAUGACGGUGAUGGAUUGGUGUGACUGUGCAGCCCCCUUAAGAACCUCAUAGAGGUAAAGAUGAAGACAAAAUCAUUUAGCAUCUUGUGGCACUGAUGGACACGCUUAGUUUUUGUAGUUUUGACAAAUGAUUGGAAUGCCUUUUUUCACCAUUAACUCAUUGGCUACCAUUGACAGUGCUAUACGUCCAAUAUAUUUUGACUGGGAGUGGCGAAUAAACGAACGUUCCAGUCAAAAUGGAUUGGGCGUCUAGCGCCACCAAUGGUACUGAAACAUGAACAGUCACAGCCAAUCGUUCUGGUUUAAACGAAUUGGACGCCUAUCGCCGUCAGUGAUACUGAAACAUUAAUCACUCAAUCUGUUUGACUACCCGUUCAAAUGGAUUGGUGAAGACUAGCUGUGAACCCUACCACCAUGAUGACAGACAUUACAGUACAGUAGCAUAGUAGGCCCAAGUGCUGAUGAAAAUAGGGCAGCGAUGUUAUUCUUAAAACAUUUUUUACUAUGUUGGGACUCGAUGAAAAAAAUAUAUCGGUAUAAUGGAUUUGUAUUUUGAAUAAUCGCAUAGCAAUAUUGUAUGCAUAACAUUUUUUAUUUUUAUUAUUUGAAAGGAUCUUGGAGUGCGGUAGUGUGCAGUUAAGCCCAAAUAAUUAAAUACAAAACAGGAGAAAAACAAUUAAUUGGGCAAAAACCUGAAAGCUCUCGAGUUGAAGUGCCAUUUUAAGACGUUUUAAUUGUAAAAACAAUGACAAGAAGUGCAUUUGAGAGGCCUAAGACUCCAAAUGCCUUAGCAAAAAAUAUUUAAUACUUUAGGUGGUCCCCAACCCCUUUUUUUUCGCGGGCAAAGCAUAUUUUGAUUCUCCUUUACAAAAAUCAGGCCCAUACUUUUGCAGUUUAAGUAAGCAAAGACUAGCUCACCAUAUUGUACCGGUAUGUAUUGCGCAAACGAUUUUUGGGGGGAUGAGGGACGAAAUGUGAUAAUUACAUUUUUUUCUCCAUUCCUGCAGCCUUUGGCCAAACUACAGUGAUCCUUGUUACUUUGCGCUUCAUACUUCGCGCCCUCAGUCCAUCGCAGAUUUUUUUUUUCUUCAAUUAAAUCACAAUUGCAUAGUCUCACUCUCCCUCCGUCCCUCUCCCUGUUCUUUGUUCGUCACGCAGUGCACUGGGGUUGCCAAUUAAAGUUAAUGAUAAUUGACAGAUAUUGGGUUUGAUCUUGCCGGAGACAUGAACUUAAAAGCGCUGCAUGUGUCAAUCAUCGUUUAACUUGUUAAACAGUUGCUGUUGCAACUCAUUGUGUGUAAGUGAGCAGUUUGAGCAGAUUUGAGUGGAUUUACUCAACGAAGCAUUUAAUAAAAACAAGCAUUUUUCUGCUUUAUACUUGUUUAGAAAUAAUUCGGUGGGACAGUAACAUGUUUAAAACUUAACGUAAUUAUUACAUUUGAAGUGCUUAACACUAGAAGUCCCAGAGAAUUCUUGUACUCUUAAUAGUCCCAAGCAAUGGCCGAUUUGGCCUCUACCCUGGAAAAACCCAGAGGUGGCCAAAAUGAACCAAGUGCUUUUGAAUUAGAAAGUCGUCGUCCGACAGACAAGAGCCAUUCAUAUAUGGGAAUAUUAGGAGUAUUUGUCUUGGGGAAAGGCCGAUUCGGCCUUUGCUGGGUUUUCUAGUUUUAAAAAGUUUGUUGAUAUCUAUAAUUAUUUUAAUGUAUCUCUUUCUAAUGCUAAAUCUGGAUGAAUACAUUGAACACACACAGAAAAAACUAUUUUUUUAGGGCUGUCAAACGAAUAAAAUUUUUAAUCAAGUUAAUUACCACUUAAAAAUUAAUUAAUCGUAAUUAAUCGCAAUUCAAACCAUCUAUAAAAUGCCAUAUUUUUCUGUAAAUGAUUGUUGGAAUGGAAAGAUAAGACAAGACGGAUAUAUACAUUCAGCAUACGGUACAUAAUUACUGUAUUUGUUAUAACAAUAAUUCAACAAGAUGGCAUUAACAUUAUUAACAUUCUGUUAAAGCGAUCAAUGGAUAAAAAGACUUGUAGUUCUUAAAAGAUAAAUGUUAUUACAAGUAAUAGAAAUUUUAUAUUAAAACCCCUCAAUGUUUUCGUUUUAAUAAAAUUUGUAAAAUUUUCAAUCAAAAAAUUAACUUGUAGCUCGCCAUUGUUGAUGUCAAUAAUUACACAAUGCUCAUGUGGUGCUAAAACCCAUAAAAUCACUCGCACCCAAGCACCAGCAGAGGGCGACAAAACGCCAAAAAACAAGUAGCAAGUGGACAUUACACUGUGCUGUCAUUUAAAAAAUUAAUUACAGCCUGUUAACGCGAUAAUUUUGACAACCCAAAUAUUUUUUUUGUUGCUUUGAGUGCGCUACUUCGUGGUUUCUCACUUAUUGCUGUGGGUUCUGGUCACCAUUAACUGAGAAAAACAAGGGAUCACUGUAUUGCGUACGUCAGUUUAAUUGGUGGAUCGUAAAAUUGUGCUCCGACAAAACUUCUGUAUUGUUUAAAAUCCAUAAAAGAACCGCAUCCUGCGAAUAAAAUGCUUUUUUUUUUUUUUUAUUAACUUGUUUAAUCUUUUGUAAUUAAUUCAUCAUAAUUAACGUGUUUAACUCCUACCCUUAAUUUAUUCAAACGACUGUUACAGGCAGUUUGAGCAUUAACACUGCAUUUUUUUCGGAAAAUUGAUUAAAAAUAAUAUUUCUAAUGUAAGCUGCUCAGCUAAUAUGUUUUAUAGUUAUUCAAAAGUGGAAACAAGAAAGCAAUGUAAAAAAGAUUUUUGUUAAAAUUCAACCUGCAAUUUGUUUUUUAAUUAAGCGAUACUUUUAUGUACCACUAGAGGGACCCAACGUACACACACCAGCACUGAUCUGAGCCUUGUACACUUUUUUUCGCCUUCUCAUUACUGAUGUCCAUAUAGUCCAGCCUGGAGAACGCACUGCUUUUAAAUCAAAGCGUGUCUGUUCUUGACUCGUUCAGCCAAUGAAUAAAUGGACGUGUUUCCCCAAAACUCUUCCCAUGGACGCCAGGUGUGAAACAACCGUGUCCACACGGCAUGUCUCGCUACUGUAACCCAUCUAUUAAGCACUUAACCCAUUUUUGCCGUUUUUUCGCCGCAUUGUCCCCUUUUCAAAAACCACAUUCGAUCAUCAGAUUUGUGCCUUUAACUGCCAAGCAGGGCACCGAAACGUGAUGUCGUCGUGUGGACAGUGUCAACUCUGAUCCGCACCCACCCACCGCUGACCUGUACUUGAACGGGUUUCUCAAAUAAGGAGAUAAUGAGCUUGUGUUGUUCUUAACGACUGACCCAUUUGGGGUUAUAUCAGACAGUUCCCCCCUUUUUGACGUUGUAUAUACCUAACAAGCAGAAUGAAGGAGGAAGCACGCCGAAUAACAGCAGACACUGUAAUAACACUGAAUUUAUUCAUAGGGCAUUUUCUUUUUUGUUGGGUUUGUCUACUCCUUCUGGUCCGUGUCAGGUUUCGCUGUGACGUCGCUGCAGGUAUUGACGUGUGCCAACUAUUCGGAGAGGAAGAAUAAGAAAAUUGUAAAUAUGAGUCGAAGGUCAAGUAGCUACAAAGUCACUUAGUGUCACAGUGUGCUUUUUGUUUGGAAAGGCAGGACGAGAGAAGGGACGAUUCAGGACUUUUUUCCAUGAUCCACAGAUAUUUUUCUACAAAUUUAAAGAUCCAGAUGAUUCUAUACACUGUUGAAUAACAUUGUAAAGGUGUAACAGAUGCUGUAUAUCAUAUCAUGUUUUCUGAAGUCGUAAAGCUUUACUGUAUGAUCUGUUUUGAAGUAGUGCGUAUUCUUUUUUUU